AUGCUUCGUCCUCGUUUCACUGCCGCCUGUGACUGCGGAAAAAGGGCGCGCCCUGCUGGCGGCAUCAUUGUGCGUCGACUGGUGCCUGCAGCCGCCAACGGGAAGACACGUGCGGGUGGGUUGUGCCGGCUGAUGGCCUUCGCGCCCGUCGCGAGAAAGUCUGUGGCCUUCGCGCCAAUUCUCCUGACGGCGGCACGGGGCUUUGGCCACCUCGUGCGUGAGGUGGACGCGCGCGGCUUCAAGGGGGACAUCCACGCACUGCGGCACAAAAACGCGGCGAGCACGCAGCGGCACGUGGCGGAUGUUCUCGCCUCCGAGGAGAACAUCAUCUUUUGCGGCGCCCACCAUACCGGCAAAAUGACGAUUCUGAGAGCCUGUUGGGGAGGCGUGUGA